CUUCCGGAAGUCGGGUACUGGUUCCGUCAGUACCGGGUGUUUUGGUCUUGCGUUGCUCUGUCCGUGCAGUUCCCCAGACGACACUCGGGCAUCGCCGCCAACCCCAGGCAAAGCGCACUUCGGGGAUCCCGUCGCCCUCGGCUCUCGUCUCCGGCGCGGUGGCCUGUCCUGCUUCCCCACCGAGCUUAACGUGCUCUGCACAGGGCCGCGUGCCGCUCAUGGCGGAGGCCGCUCUGCCCACCGCCUUUGGGCAGGUGGUGAUCGGCCCGCCAGGCUCGGGGAAGACCACGUACUGCCUGGGCAUGAGUGAGUUCUUGCGCGCGCUGGGCCGGCGCGUGGCUGUGGUGAACCUGGACCCAGCCAACGAGGGGCUGCCGUAUGAAUGCGCGGUGGACGUGGGCGAGCUGGUGGGGCUGGGCGACGUGAUGGACGCGAUGAGGCUGGGGCCCAACGGCGGCCUUCUCUACUGCAUGGAGUACCUGGAGGCCAAUCUGGACUGGCUGCGUGCCAAGCUUGACCCCUUCCGUGGCCACUACUUCCUCUUCGACUGCCCAGGCCAGGUGGAGCUGUGCACGCAUCAUGGCGCCCUGCGCAGCAUCUUCUCCCAGAUGGCACAGUGGGACCUCAGGCUGACUGCUGUCCACCUGGUGGAUUCCCACUACUGCACAGACCCAGCCAAGUUCAUUUCAGUACUGUGUACCUCCCUGGCCACCAUGCUGCACGUGGAGCUGCCCCAUGUCAACCUCCUCUCCAAAAUGGACCUCAUUGAGCACUAUGGGAAGCUGGCCUUCAACCUGGACUAUUACACAGAGGUCCUGGACCUUUCCUACCUGCUUGACCACUUGGCUUCUGACCCUUUCUUCCGUCACUAUCGUCAGCUCAAUGAGAAAUUGGUGCAGCUCAUCGAAGAUUAUAGCCUGGUCUCCUUCAUCCCUCUCAACAUCCAGGAUAAGGAGAGUGUCCAGCGGGUCCUGCAGGCUGUGGAUAAAGCCAAUGGCUACUGCUUUGGGGUCCAAGAGCAGCGAAGCUUGGAGGCCAUGAUGUCUGCCGCGGUGGGGGCUGACUUCCGUUUCUCCUCAAGAAAAGUCACAGACAUUUACUGAGCACCCACUGUGUGCCAGGUGCCAUGGCUGGCACUUUAUAUUCACUGUCUGCUUUGAUCCUCACAGUGACUCUACAGAUGAGAAGAAGCAAGUGGCCAAGUCAGGAUUUAAACCCCUGUGGUCUGGCUGCAGAGCACGUGCAGUUACACGGAGCUGGAGGGGUGGUGCUCUCUGGUCCUUUCAUGCUCAGCAGUGUGAGGAAGAGGCAGCUGGGAGCAUUUGGGUCUGGGUGCUUUGAGGGCUUUUCAGACCCAAUUGGGCCCUGUUGCCUGAAGCUAUAAUUAUGGGGAAGGGAGGAAUAUGACGGACGUGAUUGGAGGGUAGGCAUUAGUAGAGAUCAGAUUCUGCCCAGACUAGUUCCCCAUCCUUGCCUGUGCUGUCAGCCUUGACGUGCCCUCCCUCAGCACCCUGGGCAUCCAGGAGAAGUACUUGGCAGCCUCAGACCAGUCAGUGGAGCAGGAAGCCAUGCACCUAUAGCAACAAGCUGGCCUCUGGAGAACGGGACACCUAACCCAGCACCUGGGAAAGUGGCAACUCCCAGUGAGUGGUGGACAACUCAGCAGGCUACAGAUCCAGCAGCAGUCCUCCCAGCUCUGACUGGUGAGGGCCAUUCAGCCCUGCAGAGGAUCUCUGACCAAAACCCAGACAUGACAUGGAGCAGAGCUCCCGCUGCACCCUCAGUGCUCAUGAGCUCUGGUUACUGCUGCCAGGAAUUCAGCCCUGGCCCCUCAGACUGUGAUGGAAUGUGCUGCAAUACAAGAGUUUAUUUUCUA